AGAAAAAAGAGAAGUGCUUCUGUGGGCGCUCACCUCCGUCACAGAUGUAGUCCGUCACAGGAACCACACCUCGUUGGGGAGAUCAACUUCACUGCAACUUUCCACCAGGUGCAGAGAAGACCAGAAGAACCACCGGGGGUCCUAGGGCGCUGCCGGGGUCACCUAAGCCAGAAAAAUAAAGACCUAUCCUGGGGCAAGAACACACAAGCCGCAAUAACAUUUUUAAGAGCUGUCCCCUGCAGAACGUUGUCUGAUGAAGUGAACCGGUCAAAGCUCCCCUCGCAUGCGGAGGACUUCUUUAGAUCUGACCUUGCGGAUCUUCUUGCCGUUGGCCGCACGGAAUUCCUACCAAACUGGAAGUCUCAAAAAUGAGUGACUUUUGGCAUAAACUAGGCUGCUGCGUUGUAGAAAAGCCACAACCGAAAAAGAAGAGGAGGAGAAUCGAUCGCUCCAUGAUAGGGGAACCAAUGAACUUCGUACAUCUGACACAUAUCGGGUCCGGAGACAUGGCGGCCGGUGAUGGGCUCCCCAUGGCGGGUCCUAUGCAAGAACAAAUGAGAUCAAAAGGUAGCCGCGAUAGACAAUGGAAAAACUCCAGGAUAUUGUAGCUGUAUACACUGUAAGACCACAUUGGAUCGAGCAGAUUUAAAAAUCCUUCAUGAGAAGCAGGAACAAAGCACAAGGCUGCGAUCACUGGAUAAAUUAUUCAAUCUUCCAAACAAAAAUAUUUUUUUUAUUAUUUUUUUUUUGGUUUCUGGAAACAUUUUUUGGAGAACUGAUAAAGAAACAUCUGAAGAAUGUGCAAUAUUUUUUUGUAGAAUAUUAUAAAUAUACAAUAGCUUUUUUUUUUCUGAAAGGAGAUACCUCCUGUAUGAGUUAUGCCAUGGAUUAUCGUCCGGAAUGAUUGAAAUGAUGCCAGAUUGUGAAAUUGAAAGCACUUCCUAGACUGGUGUAUUGUACAAGCAAACGUUUGUUUCUACGUAACGCAACAUUCCAACAUAUUUCACACCGAAAAACAAAUCUGUAAAGAAUUCCAGCUAUUCUCAUUUUGUUACGACUUGAAUUGCAGUCGUAUAGGAUCCUGCUUACAUAGUAUUUUAUAUAAAUCAGCAUUUUAGGUGCUAAGGAUGUGUUUCUAUUUUAUUAUGGUGAUUAUCUGGAAAAAAAGGUAAAAUACGGAAAAAAAAAUUUAUAUAUAUAUAUAUAUUGCAAUGCACAAGUGAUAAUUUUUUUUAGAAAUGGCUAUGUAUUUUGCAGCAUAUCAGACAUGACAAUACUUCACUGAUAUGUGUCGGUAGAGGAUUUGCCCACACUGCCUAAAAAAAUCUAAAAUGUUUAUCCACUAGAACCGAAAUGAAAAAAAUAUACAAUCCGAUAUGUAAAAAUUCAGCCGCCAUAAUCUCAGAUCCAGGCCAAUCUACUACCUCUACAUUCAGACCGCGGUGCGAGAAGCUGACGCUCUACUGACGGACUAGUGUGCACUACUCUAGUCACUGGAGUCUCUUCCCUCACUCUAGACCCUUGUUUCCCAUCCACACAAGAUUAAAGGGGUUAUCUAGUGGGAAACACAUUUUUUAAAAUCAACAGGUGUCAAAAAGCUAAACAGAUUUGUAGUUUAUUUCUAUUUAAAAAUCUUAAUACUUCCAGUACUUAUCAG